CGCCAUUCGCGUAUGUAAACGCGUGUUGGCAACACUAUACGCACACAACCGACACAAAGUCUCUUUCUUCGAUACUGUGCAGAUACACACGCGCGCGUUUUAAUUUUUACUAAAAUAUCGUUAAUCAAGAAAAAAUUCGACUUUAUAUAAGUAUACAGGAACACCAAAAGUGUACAGAGGAUUGUAUUAAUUUAACAAUCGGUUGGGUUUGUGGUAAAGGAUAUUCUGUCAGCAUUUCGUUUUAAACAAAGGACUUACUGACCGUAUAUUUUCACUCAAAUGACAAGAUGAAGCGCAAUUGGAUUAUAACGAACCGAACAGCAUACUUAUUACUAACUCUUGCUGUUACCGGAGUAUUUGGAGCUACCACAAAAAACGUUGACCAGUUGGGAUCAUCAAUACUUACCAUAAAUGAUUUGCCACAAGUAGCAGAAAUUUUAAAUGCAGCUACAUACUUAGAAGAUUUUGACGACAUUGAAAAAAAUUAUGAUGGGUCACGAAAAAGUCUCAAGCGUUUACCUAGAAAACUUCAAACUUCAUCUAUUACUGACCAACAGGCAUACCAAGGUGUAAUGGGUAGACCCGGAGUUGAUUUUCCUAUUCUAUCCUCUAUUCCAACAACUGAAUUUAGUUGCAAAAAAGUUAAGAAACCCGGCUAUUAUGCUGACUUAGAAACAAAUUGUCAGGUAUUUCAUAUAUGUGACAAUGGAAGAAAAGUGUCAUUUUUAUGUCCCAAUGGCACUAUAUUCCGACAAUCACAUUUGAUUUGUGAUUGGUGGUUCCGAGUAGAUUGCGAGCGAUCUGUAGAACUGUAUGAAGAAAGUGCUGAACAAUUAGCAUUUGAUCAGAGAGCUGUAAAAGAUCGCUCAGAAGUUUUGAAUAAAUCAACACUGAAAGUUCAAUCUACAAAGUCAAUUAAUUCAUUUACCCCAACUCAAAGCUCACCAAUAAGAAGUUCAACAUUAUUUAACUCGGAAAGUAAUUUACCAAAUAGUGCUAAAUAUUAUGGUGAAUCAACAAAAGAUGAAAAUCAAGUGCCAGCGGAAUCUGGUUCAAUUGUUGGUGAUAAUAAUUAUCAAACAUCCUUUAAUAAUUUAUAUUCACAACCAAAAUUUCCAUUAAGAAAUUGGUUUAGUAAUGCAAAUAUCCAAACUAACAAUUACCAAGUCCAGUCUUCCGCUAAUAGUCAACCAUUCAAUAAAUUGAAUCAAUAUAACUCUCUUAAUUCAAAUAAUUACCAAUUUACAUCAAUUCAACCAACUUGGAAUCAAAAUUCUAAUAAUAAUUACCAAACUAUUAAUUACCAAUCUCAAUCAACUAGUACACCAUCAAGUUGGAACCAAAAAUUUAACAGUGAAUAUCCCGUAUUAAAUUAUCAAAAACUAUCUACAACAACAUCCCAACCUAAUUGGAAUCAAGGAAAUAACAAUGACUACCAAAAGUUAUCUACCACUACACAACCAAGUUGGAACAAAGGUUUUAGUAAUAACUUUGCAUCAAGUAAUUACCAAACUCAACCAACAACUGUUCAAACAUUUUGGAAUCAAAAUACCAAUAAUAACUAUCAAUACAAUCUGCAACAAAUCCCACAAACUACACCAAAUCCAUCCGGGGUAAUAAGCUCCAAUAAUAAUUUCCAAACAAUAAAUGAUUAUAACCAACUAUCUACAACAACCCUAAAACCAAUUGUAAAUACAGGAAGUACUAAUUAUCAGUUACCUUAUAACUCUUAUCCGUCUUCAACUCAAGUAAUUUUAAAUCAAGGAAAUUUCCAAUCUAGUAAUCAAUAUCAAUCAACUACUACACCAUCACAAGGAACUUGGAAUCAAGAUUCUAGUAGCACUCACCUUAAUAAUAAUUAUCAACCAUCAACAUUGCCUAUAUCUCAAGGAAACUGGGAACAAGGUGUUACUAAUGCACAAUCAAGUCAAUAUCAACCAUCUUCGACCAUUCAAUCUGAAAGAAAUCAAGAAACGAGUACAGUCCAAACUACAUAUCUAACUGAUUCAUAUCCAAAAACCACUUUAUCAUCAUCAGAUGAACCAAAAACUUUAUUACCCCAAGAAUAUCAACAACCCGCAGAAUCAUCAUCAUUUCUUAAAAAUCAAAACACAGAUCAAAGUCUAUUUUCACCUCAAAAUUAUUUCACGCAAACAAAUCCCUCUGUAACUACAGAUUAUCCAACAACUUUUCAAUAUGAAUCAACUGUAGGAACUACUAUUUAUAAUUACAGAACUAUGUAUAAUUCAACAGGGUCACUGGCUAGAGAAACGUUAGCCCCUAUUGUUGUUAAUUCUUUCACCACAUUGACAGAUAAUAAUUUAAAUAGUAAUGAAGACAAGCAUAAUGUUUAUCCACAGGUAAGAAAUACUGAACAAGAGCAGACUUCACUGGCAUCAUAUAAUAAUGAUGACAAAGACUCUGUACAAUCAACAACAAUAGGAAAUGAAGCACAAUCCACCAUUUAUGCUGAUCAUACCACAAAAACAUUUGUUAACGAGCCAGAAAAAACUAAUAGUGAUGAAACUAUUGAAGAAGCGACCACAUCUGUAGAUAAUUUACAAUUACCAGUAGUAUUAACUCAAAACACAAAAGAAGCUUACGAUAAGUUAUUUCAAAAUAAAACCAAGGAAGAAUCCGUUGACGUAAAACUUGGUUUAAAUGCUACAUUAAAUAAUAUGCCUGAUGCUACUAAAUCAGUAAACAACUUUGCUCAAAACUUAGUUCUUAAUCGAUCAUCAGCUGAGCUUAGAGAGUUAGCUGCUGUAUUCACACGUGCCCUUACAGCAUAUUUAGAUGAUCCUGAAAACUUUCGUAAAAUUCUUUCCGAAGUACGACCAACUGAACCACCCAGUGUAAAGCCAAACACUAUCGAAGAUCAAGAAGUAUUGGAUUUUUCAGACGACUCCAAGAACCUUAGAAGUAAAAAACCUGAAAUUACAACAGCAUCUAGUUCUAUAAGUUUUCCCAUCAGCCCUUCAUCAACACCAUUGAAUUUAGCAGCAGAAGUCAACGGAAUAACUCAAGAUCAUACGACAUUAGCCGAUCUCUCUACUAUUGUACCACAAUAUACAACAUCUCCAUUAGUGGAUAUUAUAUCAAGUCAUACAGAUUCAUCUGCAACAGGUGGAGUUCAAGAUUAUGCACCUCUUGCUGAUAGCGAGCAACUACAAACUGCAGGCAGUCAAUCUUUCUUUACAAGCCGUGACAAUACCAUUGUUGGAGUGGCAAAACCACUUAGUUCAGUUGUCAACUCGUUAGCAUGGACAGUUCCACCUAAUUUAGAUUCUUCUGAUCAAGACAUUCGUUUCAAUACACAGCAACCUGUUUACUUCACAACACCUCCAUUUGAAACAGAAACACCUGAACUUAUGGAAAAAGCCAAAGAUAUGUUUAAUUAUUUAAAUGAUACAGAAGCAGGAAUAUUAAUUAAUGUCAUGAAGACUGCACAAACAAACGACACAAUAAAACGAUUGGUAUUAUUGCUGGUUAAUGAUCCAAAUAAAGAUAACGAUCCAGAACAAACAAGACAUAAUAUUAUUGAUGCUUUAUUAGAAAAUAAAAGCACAGAAUCGUAUUAUUUCACAACAACGCCUCUUCCUGAAACUUCUUAUCCUACUCCAUCUUUAUCAUCGUCAAUUCCAUUUGGUCAAAGACUUGAACAAGAUGGAAGUCCUGUUCAAAAUGGUCAUGACAGAAAAGCAAGAAAAGGGACAAGAAGACGAGUUGUGUAUAGAAAUAAAGUAACUAGUAGUACUACAUCUGCUAAAACUCCAGAAGCAGAAACAUCUUGGCAAGGUGCCAAUGAUAUUGGUUCAGGGCUGAGUGAGGAAUCUGAUGCUAGAGCAGUUGAACUACUAAAAUCUUUGUAUUCUAUUGCAUCCAAUGAGCCAUAGAUUUAACUAAAGUUUGGCUGAUUAUAUGUCAUAUAACAAUUAGCCGAACAAAUGCCUUUGUUUAAUGAAUUAUUAUUAUUAGUAUUAAUACUAUGUACAGAAUUAUUCAUAUAAGGAAAACCAAAAAUAUAAUAAUUUUAGCUUAAAUUUUUACGGAGGAAUUUGGCCAAGUUUAUUCAAAUUUUAAAUAUUGAAGAUACAUAAUUGAAAUCUGUCGCAUUCUAAUAGAUUAAAGAUUUUGAAUGAUUCUUAUUUAAACAUUUUUUUUUUUCAAGAUUCAAAUAUAUUCAAAAAUACCAUUACUUGAUCAACAAUUGAUAUGGAAUAUCUUAUUUAUAAAAAAAUCCAAUAGAAAUACAAUAAUAACAUAAUGUUAGCUAUUACUUUUUUUAAAAAAAGAUUGAAUUUCUAAAAUGAAUAAAUGUUUGCAAGCCCUCGAUUAACUUUUUAAUCAAACGCGUAAUGACUUAAUAAUAAUGAAUGAUAAUAUAAAACAUUUACAAAUUUUUAACACUUAAACAAAAUAAUUUUAAAACGCUCAAUUUAACUUAUUAAAUACUUUAAGCUAGGAAAUAAUACUUCAAAAUUUGGAAAAUAAACAUAAAAAAUGAAAAAUAUAUAAGCUUUAAUUAUUUUUAUACUAAAUAAUAUUUUUAAUUUUACUUUUAAAUUAUUGAUAAUCAAUACAAAAAAAUCAUACUAAAAUAUUUAAGUAAUAAUCGAAUUCGUCCGUAAAAUUUAAUUUGAAAUUUAUAUAUUACUAUUGUAAAUAUAUUUCUAAUUGGACAUAACGUGUGUGAAUUAUUAAUAUAUUCACCAGAGUUGUUUAAAUAGUUACCUUAAAACGUAAGUCAAAUAGAAGUCUAAAUAAAUGUAAUGAUUAUCUAUAUUUUUUCAUAUAUUAAAAUAAUUUCAAUAGUUAUUUACUUAACAUAUUUAUAACCCUAUAUUUGAUCAAAUAUUUACAAUAAUUACUCUACGCCAUGUAAGUUUAGUAAGCUAUUUAUAAUUUUUUCAAAAAUUAUUAAAAAUAUUAUAAACUCAAUUUAUCUAUUAACAUAUUUAACUUUUUUGUCUCUAGUCCUCGGCAAAAAGGUGUAUUAAUAUUUUAGUUUUACGUUAAUUGUAUUUAAAUUUUGCUCACGAUAUAUCAAAAGUAGAUUAACGACUAAUGUAUAAAUUAUAUAUUGUACAGAAAACUUUGUAUAAAUUAAUUACUCGAAUAAUUUUAAUCCUUAUUAUAUAUUAUUAUAAAUUAAAAAUUUUAUAAAAUUAUGAUUAAAUUUACAAAAAAAGUCCUCAUUAUACUCGUAUGAAGUUCACCUUAUUUUUUAAAAUAACCAUAUUAUUAGACAAUAAAUUUUAAUUAUUUAAAAUAUGUUAUUUAUAUUCAUUGUAAAAUUGGUUAAUUUACAGAAU